AUGACAAAUUCAAACGUAGUAUCAAUUACCAAUCAAGAAUAUCCAAUACGUGAACCACAAAAUGCUCAAGAAUUUGUUAAUCUAAUUCAAAAUACUAUUUGUCAAAUUCAAGAUAAAUUCGGACAAAUGAGUGAUUCAAUUAUGACCAAAAUUGAUGAUAUGGGUAAACGAAUCGAUGAUUUAGAACGUAAUAUUGCACAUAUUAUUUCUCAAACAAAUGCUGAAUUACCAUAA